AUUUCGUAUUCUGAUCCGAUUAGUCUGAGACUCUGAUGAGCCUCUAUCAGCCGGCAAAAUACUUUUCUCUCUUGCUCUGUUAUUGUAUGGUAAUCCCUAUAUUAUAUCACUCAGGACUCUACCUUUUGCACCUCUUAUCAUUUACGGGCUAAUAGGGGGUCACAGAUUUUUAGCACAACCCUGAUGGCCAAGAUUUCAAGUGCAUCUUUGAAAUGUUAGUCACGAGUUAAAUGUUUAUAAUCUUUCACUGGUUAAGGACACAUGUUAACCAAGGCCAUAAAAUGGAUUUUCUUUCUUGGAUUUUUAAUUUUUAAGUAAAAUGUAAUUAUUGGAAAACUAAUAAUAAUAUUGGUAACAAAAGAAGUCACGUGGCAGACUAUAAACCCAGCUCAAAAACUAACUACACAAUUCAGAGCCAGAGAUAGGCAUCUACGUCACCUCAAAAACCUCACCUGCCCGUGAAUUUUGGGAUAGUCACAAAACACUUGUCAGCUUCUUGGUGUUGGGAAGCAAGUCCCUAUUGAUUCCAUGAACUCCAUUAGUACCCGUCAGAUUGAUUUCUUAGCAAAUAUUGAUUCCUUUGAAAACUUUCUUUAACUAUAAUAAACAAAAGUGCGAGAGAGAAAAAGAGAAAAAGAGAAAAAGAAACAAAGGAAAGUGGGUGUAUUUUGGAGUGUAAAUGACAUUGGUGAGAGAAAGGAGACACCAGCAAGCAUUGAGGCUCGCCCUUCCACCACCAUCCCCAUCAACUGACCGCAAGCAACGUACCCAUUUGCCGGCAUUAUCGCCGGCCACCAGUCCAGAUUCUCCUUGCAUCGAGAACCUCUCUGAGCUUGAAAAACUGGCGGUUCUUGGCCAUGGAAAUGGUGGCACGGUCUAUAAGGUUUGUCAUAAGAAAACCUCGUUAGUUUAUGCUUUGAAAGUUCUCCGGUUUAAUCACAAUGCGAUUGCUAACCGGCAACAAGCUGCUCGGGAAGCCGAGAUUCUGAAACUUGUCGACUCACCAUAUAUUAUAAGGUGUCAUGGCGUUUUGGAUAAUGGCCUCAUGGAUGAGGACAGUGGAGGUGAUCUAUGCUUCCUCAUGGAGUACAUGGAAGAAGGGUCACUGCAUGACAUGCUUCGAGCUCGCCAGAGAUUGCCUGAACAGGUGAUCGCCAGCGUGGCAAGAAGAGUCCUUCAAGGACUGGAAUAUCUUCAUGGCAUGCAGAUUGUUCACAGGGAUAUCAAACCCUCGAAUCUCCUCAUAAAUGGGAGAGGAGAGGUGAAGAUUGCAGACUUUGGGGUGAGUGAUGUUGUUGCAGGAACUUGUGAGACAUGUGACUCUUACAUGGGAACCUGUGCCUACAUGAGUCCGGAAAGAUUUGAUCCAGAGAGGUGGGGCAGGGACGGCUCAGAUGGGUUUGCUGGAGACGUAUGGUCCCUAGGUGUGGUGGUGUUGCAAUGCCACAUGGGUCGGUUUCCAUUAAUAGGUCCAGGGCAGAGACCAGACUGGACGACAUUGAUGUGUGUGAUAAGCUUCGGUGAGAGGCUAGACAUGCCAGAGACGGCAUCAGCAGAGUUUCAGAGCUUUGUCAGUGCAUGCCUUGAGAAGGACUGGAGGAAGAGAGCAACGGUUGCUGAGCUUCUUCACCACCCAUUUGUGGAUACAAGUUAUUGCUCUUCUGCAGAAGAUCUGAUCGAUUAUGUUUUGCAUGGUUGAGUUCCAUUAUUCUUUUU